AAUAUUGAAAAGCAUGUUAGAAGGUCGGUUAUUUUGACUCCUAUUGACAAGAAUCAUUGAUCUAGUAUUCGUGCUUGAGUAUAAGAAUGAAUGGACCGCCCGUCAAGUGAAGAUCAGAAUAGCUUUCUUACCCAGUUUAUCCAACAUCAUUGUAUUAUUUAUACAGUUCAUUAUAAAUUCUAUCCAGUUCACCAUCUCGUGUUUCAGUUGCUAGUCUUCGAAUAUUUUCACCCUCUACUUCCAACAACAAACGAAACUUCAACAAAUAUCAACAUGCAAAACCCAACAAGCAAAAAAGCCGCUGGCUCCGACAUCAAGAACUCUCGACCGAGACAACCAGAAAAAAGAGCACGAGCUCCGUCUAAUUCUUCUUCUUCAGAACCAGAUCUCAAUGAUGCAGCGCUCUAUAAUGAUCAUCCCCUUGAAGCACAAUUUGAAGCAAGGAGAAAAUACGAAGCUACGUUGGCUCGCACUCCAAGAGGUUAUGGCUAUGAUUCCGAUACCGACGAUACGAAAGAAUUCAAGAAAACUGCAGAACGCGUAAAAAAUAUGAAGACGCCGGAAAAGACACCCAGCUCUCGCAAGGGAAGAGCAAAGGCCGAUGCUCCUCGUACCAAAAGCUCUCGCACAUCUACCACUAGCUCCCACAUACAAGGAACACCUGCCGACCCCACUCGCAAAGAAAAAACACCUGCCGGAUCCUCACGCAGCGAAAGAACACCAGCAGAAUCAAAUACAAACACCGACAACGUUAAAGCCAUGUCCGCACUAAAGCUAUCUAAUCCCCAUAAUGAUCACUCAGAAACUAACAGACAAGUUCAAUCAAGCGGCCGCAGCGGACCCAGCGGACCCAGCAGUAGCAGCACUAGCAGACCCCUUGAACCUACUGGCACAAGCCAUCCAAAGAGUCACGAAACACGUGUCUCCGCCACUCAACGCACGCACAGCGGCUCUAAAAUCCUACCCGGUAGACAUUAUACGCUGGAAAAAUACCCCAUAGAUCAUGAGGAUGUAGAGCGCAGGGGGAAAACUCAUUACGUUUGUUUGGUUUCGAGGAGAUGUAGAGAGUUGAGGAUUGAUAUGUUGAGGGAUGUGGAGAAGCAUCUUAGGGAGUUUCAUUAUGAGGCGCUGGGGGGGUUGAGGGAGGUUGCUGGGAGUAGUGGCGGGAAGAGUGUUGGGGAGUCUAGUAAGUCGUUUGGGAGACGUUGAGGGUUUGGUGAGGGGAUGAUUGCGGGAUAGAGUAUUGGUUGUUAGGUGUUAAAGGUUGGAUUUUAGAGUAUCAUGAAUCAAUUUUCCCAUUCUUGUGUCCCGUACGGGGUUAGUAGGCUUGCUGCUCUUGCACAGGCGCUAAUCACUAAGCACACUUGAUCUGACCUCUGUUCUCUCACAUCACUUUUGUCAAGUAUUGACGACGAUGCUCAAGGAGCCCAAACAAGUUCCCAAGGAACCUAAGUGGACACUUUCCAAAAAUAUACCCGGUGUUUUGCCUCCAGUGUAAGUUGGUUCAACAUGAAAAAGUGGAUACGCAAGUGUUUCAUUUAGCCAGGGUCUUGAAAACACGGCCACCAUGGCAGCUUAAGGGAUAGCCAUUCCUAAGCACCUCUUAGUGAAAAGUACGUUGGCGGCGUCGCCCACACCUGUAAUCUGUAGAGAGUCUCCCUUAGUCGCAUAAUAGAGUUUCUUUUACCAUGCCUCCCGCUGGAGCUGAAGAUCGCACAAUAACUGCAGGGA